AUGGACCUCAAGUUUGCGACAUUCUCCUCGGAGAUCGAGCUGCCCUUCUAUUCGGCCCUCUUUUCAUCCAAACUCGACCAUGACAAGCUCGACUCUUCAGCCCGCCCCGUGUUGGGUCUAUACGAACCUCGCUCGCAGGCGAACCCAGAGGCCAGCACUAGGAUGCAGAUCUUGGGAAGUGCCCUGACAAGCGACCAGGACGAAAGCGGACCUUUGGGCAUGACUCGAGCCGAGGGAUACAUUAAGAACGUGAACACGAUCGAGGAGUUCAAAAACACGGACAAGAAUGCAAUGAUCAAGAAGGCGGGCGAGCAGAUCUGGGAUGCUAUUCAAGAUGGGACGAUAUACUCUUGUCCAUCGCUACUUGCCUCUUUCCGAAUCCUCUCAUACGCCGACCUGAAGAAGUACAGGUUUACCUACUGGUUCGCAUUUCCAGCCCUACACUCGGAGCCGCAGUGGAAGCGAACAGAACCGAUCGGCCGACUGAACUCAGACGAAAGCACCGCCCUGGUCGAGCGCAUCGGGACAUGGCGAUACAUGGUCGAUAGAAGAGAGCAUGGAUUCUUUCUAGCAAAGAAAGUGCGAGGCGAGGCCUCAGGCCCCAGAUCUUCUCUUGAUGAUCCCGGGGUCGAUAUUGGAUACCGUUGGGAUAUUGGAUCUCUCAGAGACUUCGAGACUGGUUUCUUCAACGAUGCGGCGGAAGAGGAUAGAUACGUUGCUUUCGUGGACCCAUCCAACUAUCCCGAAUACCCUUCGUGGCCUCUCCGCAAUCUUCUCAUCCUCGUCCGACAGAGGUAUCGCCUGAACAAGGUCCAGAUUCUUUGCUACCGCGACACGCAGCCUAGGAGACACGAAGCACGGAGCAUCAUCUUGCCAUUGGCUAUGGACCAAGUCGGUGAUGUGGAGUUGAAGAGUAUGCCCAAGGUCACCGGUUGGGAGAGGAACGGAAAUGGCGAUCUUAGACCACGGGUCGCGAAUCUGGCAGAGUACAUGGAUCCUACUCGACUAGCAGAUCAGGCAGUGGACUUGAACUUAAAGCUGAUGAAGUGGCGGCUCGCGCCAAACCUUGACCUGGAUACGAUCAAGAACACCAAGUGCUUGCUGCUGGGCGCUGGUACACUGGGCAGCUAUGUCUCGAGAAACCUGCUUGGGUGGGGAGUUCGCAAGAUUACAUUUAUCGAUUAUGGGAGCGUAUCCUUUUCGAAUCCAGUACGGCAGCCGCUCUUCAAGUUUGAAGAUUGUCACAACGGGGGCAAACCAAAGGCUAUCCAAGCUGCCGAGGCUCUCAGAGAAAUCUAUCCAGGAGUUGACGUAGAGGGAUAUGCACUCUCUGUCCCAAUGUUGGAUCAUCCGAUCCACAACGAGGCAAAGACCAAGGCAGAAUUUGAUAAGCUGAAGGAGCUGAUCGAUUCACACGAUGCGAUUUUCCUCCUUAUGGAUACGCGCGAGUCCCGAUGGCUGCCCACGCUGAUGGGCAAAGCCGCGAACAAGAUCGUGAUGAAUGCGGCGCUCGGAUUCGACACAUACGUUGUUAUGCGACAUGGUGCAAAGCCGUUGGACGACAGUGAAGAUACUCUUGGAUGCUACUUCUGUAACGAUGUAGUGGUUGCUGCCGAUUCCAUGAAAGACCAAACGCUCGAUCAGCAAUGUACCGUCACCCGUCCCGGCGUGGCAGCAAUCGCUUCCGCCCUCCUCGUCGAGCUCCUCACCAGCAUCCUCCAGCACCCACUCAAGCAGCACGCGCCCGCGCCCAUCUCGGCCGGCACCGGCUCCGCCGUCUCUUACGAGCGCGAUCCCCACGACCAUCCCCUCGGUCUCGUCCCGCAUCAAGUCCGUGGUUUCCUGUCCAACUUCCAGAACAUGAUCAUUCGUGGCAAGUCAUACCCUCAGUGCAGUGCCUGCAGCAAACCCGUUCUCGACGCGUACAGGGAGGGCGGAUGGGACUUUGUUAAGACGGCGCUGGCUAGCCGCGAUUACGUGGCUGAGCUGAGCGGACUGGCUGAGGUGCAGCGGUUGGCGGAGAAGGCGGCUGCGGAGAUGCAGUGGAGUGAGGAUGAGGAGGGGAUGGGUGAGGAGGAAGGCGAGGGAGAGUUGAUUUGA